CUGAACUGUCCGCAGCCGACACCAUGUCCAACAGCGACGAGAUCCGAUACUGCCAAAGAUGCUCGUACGUUUUCCUCAAAUUCGUCCUGUUCUCCUAUGCCAUCGUCUGGUGGCUGAUAGGUGGCUUCAUCCUGGCCAUAGGCAUCUAUGCUGAGGUGGAGAGACAGCGCUACAAGACAAUGCAGGGGAUGUUUUUGGCACCAGCUAUAAUCCUGAUCCUUCUGGGAAUCAUCAUGUUUAUUGUUUCAUUCAUAGGAGUCUUGGCUUCACUGAGGGAUAAUCUAACUCUACUGAAAGUGUUCAUGUACACCCUGACUGUUUGUCUGCUCCUGGAGCUGCUGGGAGGAAUUGUGGCACUGGCGUUCCGCAACCAGACGGUGGAUUUAGUGAACAAGAACAUCCGAAGAGGCAUAGUGAACUACUAUGAUGACCUGGACUUCAAAAACAUCAUGGACUUUGUACAGAAGAAGUUCAAGUGUUGUGGCGGUCAAGAGUAUAAAGACUGGUCGGUCAACAUGUACCACAACUGCUCUGCACCUGGUCCACUGGCUUGCGGUGUCCCUUAUACCUGCUGCAUCAUUACUAAGCCCAAUGAAGUGGCCAAUACCUUCUGUGGGUACAAGGUGUUGGAAAAAGAGCGUUUGGACUUGAUCGACAUAAUUCAUAUCAGAGGCUGCACUGAUGCUUUCUUCAUCUGGCUGAUGGACAACUACAAGAUUAUGGCUGGACUGCUGUUAGGGAUCCUACUGCCUCAGUUCUUUGGUGUGAUAGUCACGUGGCUGUACGUCACUCGAGUUGAAGACGCCAUCAAUGAGUAUGGUCACUCCAUGGAUGGGCUACUGGACACAAACACACAGACAAGAGUAGCCAAGAGGCAUGGCCGCAUGUCCAAAUGGUUUAAGUGUAUGCCAGAUAUCGACUGAUGAAGACAAAAUGACAAAAAGCAGCAAAGGGACUGCGGCAACACCCACAGAUGGUAAAAUCACUCCAGUUGAUCCAAAUGCUGCGGCAGUCUUUGUGGUGGUUUGCCUUUGAACUGCAGAUUUACUAUUCGUUUACUCCACUGUGGAGAAAAAAGGUUUUUUUUGGUUGUUGUUUUUUUGUUUGUUUGUAUGUGUUUGUUUUUUU